AUGGCCAUCCAAACGAGUCCUGCUUUGCCGCUCCAGAAACCCCGUAUCGCUAUCAUCGGAAGUCUGAAUAUAGAUUUCGUGACUGCAACUCCCCGAUGCCCCGGCCCAGGCGAAACAUUGACAGCAACUUCACUGAGCGUAUCGGCGGGCGGCAAAGGCGGGAACCAAGCAGUCGCAUGUGGACGCGCUUCGUUUCAAACGAAGGAAGAGCAAGAUGUUAACGUGACAAUGAUUGGAGCCGUGGGCGCCGAGGACGUUUAUUAUUCGACAUUAUUACAACCAGCCCUCGUGAGUUCAGGCGUCAGCACAUCAACCAUCGAAGAGUCAACCAAGGCUCAGACGGGGUCUGCCACUAUCAUUGUGGAAGACGGGGGCGAGAACCGCAUUCUUUAUGUCCCUGGUGCCAAUUAUGGCGAUUUCAUGAGUGAUGUGUCGCAGAUUGUCUCGGUAAUUAAGCAGCAGGCCGAAAAGCCAUCGGUCGUUGUUAUGCAGGGAGAGAUCCCCCGACAGACGACAUUGGGGCUGUUGAAGUACUUUAAUGGAGGCGAUUCAAUCGCCGGGCGCACGCAUGUCGUGUUCAACCCGGCACCAGUGUUCCCGGAAGGCAUCCCUCUGGCAGCUUUAAACAACACCUCGGUGCUCAUUAUGAACGAAACCGAGGCCGUGCAAAUGUUGAGAUUAAUUGCUGGAUUAUCCAUCUCCGAUCUUGCUCAGCCGGCGGAGAUGGAUACCCUGAGGCCCGAGGACCUGGCACCCCGCUUCCAUGAGGUCGCCAAGGUGCAGAUUGUCUUGAUUACGCUCGGAGCGAAGGGUGUCUAUUUCUCCACGCGUAGUGGGCGCUCAGGUACUGUGCAGGGUGUCAAGGUGGCCAAGGUGAUAGAUACCACUGCUGCGGGAGAUACGUUUGUGGGCUAUUUCUCAGCUGAAUUAGCAAGAGUCCUCGCCACUGGGUCAGAGCUGGAAAGGUUCGAUGAGUAUAUUCAGGAUGCUGUGACAAAGGCGAAUUCUGCCGCCGCAAAAUGCGUGCAGCGACAUGGUGCGAUGGAGAGUGUCCCUUUUGCGUAUGAAUUGGCGUAA